UCCCAAAAAGGGAGCUUUUGUGCCAGUCUCGAAGAAGAAGCUUGCCAGUGAGUAUUGGGAAGCAUGUAAUAUAAUGUUUGGUGUAUGUUAGCCCUUACCAUGGUUUCUUUGCAGAAAUGGAAGCCAAGAAGGCGAAGGCAGGACAACAUCAGGGCACAGAUGACUCGGAGGAUGAUUCUGACGAUGAUUCUGAUGAAAGUGACAGCGGAAACGAGCUUUUGCCUGAACUGCCGGUCAUCAAAGGUGAAGACAUUCUUGAAGAAGAGGAAGCCAAGGCAGCAGCAUCCAAAAUAGAAGAAGAGGGCGACCAAGAAGUUGAAGAUCACUCAGUAGACGUCGAGCCAGCACAGGAAGAAGAAGAAGAAGAAGCGGAAAAUGAAGAUAUACCAUUGCCCAACGAGGAUGAAGACAGUGACAUUGAGAGUAUACCAAUGCCUAAAGGACCUCCACCGCGAAAACCCUUUGAACGACAACUUGGCCAUGGUAACUUGACCCGACCCCCUCCACCUCCACCUCCAAGACAUUAUCGCCCACCACCAGCCUAUCGAGCGGCACCACCCCCACCUCCACGACCUCCCCAUCAUGGACACUUCUAUGGACAUGAACCAGCAGCCCCGCCCUAUUAUCAACAGGGACCAGCUGUCCCGGUUGCUGCUGUGCACGCUAUGAGCGAUGAUGUCAACCCACCCACCGAGGCAGUCAGCGCGACUGUCACCAUCUCGGCAGCUCCUCAAGUACGCGACCUUCAAAAGGAACUGGUGGGAUUUGUGCCAGCCGCGGUCCGUAAGAAGAAAUUACAGGCUGGGAAAAAAGGUACAAUACCCAAGGUUGCACGACCAGCUAUCAACGCUGCGCCAGAUAUGGAUGAUGACGAAGAACAUCAGGAACCGGUGCAAGCCGCCAUACAACUUCCCGCUACGCCAGCCAAAAGCAAUUCACCUAAAGCUGGCGAUGAGUAUGACCGGUUUAUGCGGGAGAUGGAAGGUAUACUUUAAAUUGGAGUUCCAUGCAGCCAGCGCCUUACUAGAGAAGCCAAAUAAUAUAAUAAAUAAAAAAUAAAAAAAAUUGUCAUACAGUAACA